AAAAUAAAAAAUUUUUAUUUUUAUUUUUCUUCUUUAGAGACAGUCGUUCUCAUAGUAGACUCGCACCAUAAUACUCCCAAAAUAACACUCUCUCUCAAUUCCCAAUUUUCUACUUUCCAACCUCAUUUUUCCAUGGCCGCAGCAGCAUGCGUGAUCGACACGGCUCGAGCCGCAAGCUGCCGGGAUACCGAAGCAGCAACCCAUCUGAAGUUAAUAUCAGUUGGUGUAAUCUUCUUUACUAGCGUUAUAGGCAUCUCUUUCCCAGUGCUCCUAGCCCGAUAUUUCCAAGGCAAACCUCUUUACGAUAAGGCGGUUCUUCUGAUCAAAUGCUUCGCUGCUGGCGUAAUUCUAUCAACUUCUUUAGUACACGUGCUCCCAGAUGCUUACGAGGCACUCUCUGAUUGCCAGGUAGCGUCCAAGCAUCCAUGGAAAGACUUCCCUUUUGCUGGAUUGGUUACUUUAGUCGGUGCUUUGCUUGCUUUGUUUGUCGACAUAACUGCUAGUGCUCAUGUUGAGCAUGGCCAUGGUGAAAGCAAAGAGGCUAUUCUGGAGUAUACUCCUGUUGGGACCCAGGAAGAAAUUGUGGGGAAGAAGAGUGUAGAAUUGUCAAAAAUAGAAUUGGGAGAUCACAAAGGAAGAGAAAGAGAGGAGUAUUUAGUGAAGUUAAAGCAGAAAUUGAUUUCACAAGUCUUGGAGAUUGGGAUCAUUUUUCAUUCAGUGAUAAUUGGGGUCACAAUGGGUAUGUCACAAAAUCAGUGUACUAUUAGACCUCUUGUUGCUGCUCUUGCUUUUCAUCAAAUCUUUGAAGGGAUGGGCCUUGGUGGUUGUAUUGCUCAGGCAGGAUUCAGCAUGGGAACGGUGGCUUAUAUGUGCUUCAUGUUUUCAGUGACUACACCAAUGGGGAUAUUGUUAGGGAUGAUCAUUUUUUCAUUGACAGGGUAUGAUGACAGUAACCCUAAUGCUUUGAUAAUGGAAGGGUUAUUAGGCUCCCUCUCUUCAGGCAUACUCAUAUACAUGGGUCUUGUUGAUCUCAUAGCUGUUGAUUUUUUCCAUAACAAGUUGAUGACAUCUGCUCCAUGGCUGAAAAAGGCAUCUUUCAUUGCUUUAACUCUUGGCUCUACUGCUAUGUCCAUUCUGGCCCUUUGGGCUUAAUACACGCUUUCUUGAAUACUUUCCCCUUGGAUUAAAUGAUAUGAUAUUGGGGAAGCAUGUAACUCUAAAUCAACUGGUAGCAGCAUAUCCUAUGGAUUUCAUGUGCCUUUAGUGAUAUGUACCGUAGCAUAAAACUACUUUUCUUUCCCAUA